AUUGUCCUGCGUGCCACCAACAGUAUAUCGAGUGUAAAUACAAAAUCUUUAUAAUCUCUAUACAAAGCAGAGAUCAAUCCAUUGAAUGAUUAAAGCUUAGAGAAUAAAUAAACAAAAAUAAAAAUAAUAAUGAAGAACUGAUUAAGAUAACUAGCAGCAAGAGUUGCUGAUAUAAGACUGACGACUGUUGUAAUGGUUAAUUUGUAUCCAAAAACAUAGCAGUGCAAAUAGGUUAGAUUAUUGACAAUUUGACUUCAUCUCUUGUGCAAAUCAUCUGAUAGUAAUUCACCAAACAGUAAUUGAUAAAGAAACUUCCAUUGGAUCAGUGGGGUUUAUUGAAAGACUUCCUUCCCACCCUUUUUCUAAAUUUGUCCACAUUGUCAUGUGCGUGUAUCAAUUUGAGCUCUUCGAUCAUGUACCUUACGGUGGUUGUUGGUGGCCGUAAAUUAUACGAAAGUAUGGGAUAAAAGAUAUGCCACCAUAAAUGAAGACAUGGCUCUCAGCAUUUGUCUUUCUUUUUACUCAAUUUUGUUUAGUUUGGAAGCUAUAAGCUUAUCCUGUAAAAUGUUCCUCAACUUUAGGAAAAUAAAUUUCAUUAACAAUAAUAAUUUAUACCAACUUUCUGUUAUAUAUAUACCAUCUGUUAUAACUUACAUAUUCAUCACCUUACACUUAAUUAACCAGAUACUUGUGCCACUCUUCACUACAGGCUUCCUUCCUCCUUUAUCUGGUUUUUACUAAAUUUACUGUGAUUACUCUUAAUCAAGGGCAGACAAGAGGAAUGCUUACAUCUUUUCUGGUAGAGUAAAUAUAGAAGACGGCUUCAUGAAUUUAUUAACAUCCUCCAAAGAAAGGGUUUUAAUGGUAAUUGCUUCUGUUUUUAUAGUCUUUGUAGAAGUAUUUAUUAGUUUUGAAUUUUGUCAUGCUUUAACCGAUAUUUUUAGUUGAUCAUCAAUUAAAUUUAAUUUAACAUAAAUACUAAUUAAUAUAAUCUAGUAAUAAAGAGUAUUUUACUUAUCCUAAUUUGAAAUAGUUUUUAUUGUUUUAAACAUUAACUAAUUAUAUGUAAUAAUAAAGACUAAAAAGGAACCAUUAAAGAAUGUUGAAGCCUAAACCAACUAAAGAAAUUUGCAAUUAACAUUGCGUUCGUUAAUAGCCCAUGGCAGAUGAUAAAAUAUAAGGUUGGUAAGACGCGAGCAAAAAAUUGGAGGUCCCUCUAGGCCUUUUAGAGAGUUAUUUGACAGGUUCCGUGUAAAAUAAUGAUAAGAUGAUCUAUUAACUAAGCAAAGCAACUCUGUACUGUAUGUGAGAAAACCAGAAUUCUCAUUCCUAAACUAAAUUAUUCCAUCAUUUGCGCAAAAAGUAAUAACCUGGUUGGCAAGCAACGGUAUAUGAGUAAUGAGUGAAUGUUGGCUUUCCAAAAAGAAAACUAAUCAAUGGCACCUCCUUUUUGUGGAGUCUAUUUGCCAUCUUAAUGCAUGAGUGAGAGAAACAGUAGGUGAUAGUGAAGUUCUGCUGAAAGUCAGAGAAGAAGAAAGAAAAGGAAGUUCUGAUAAAGGAAGGAAAGGGAUCCUAUGGAUCCCCUUUUUAGGAAUUUGGUCUAGGUCUAUUUGUCCGUUUUGAGUUUGUAGAUUCCAUACUGUUUCACCCAGUCCUUUCUUCUUCUUUUCUCUUCCUUAUAUUAAGCUUUUUUCAUGUGUUAUUUUCCACAUAAAACCUCCAAAAGAAAGCACAAAAAGACAAUCUUUUUCUUCCUUCUCAUCUUCUAUAUUUCGCAAUUGGCUGUGCCAGUCAAGUCUACUUACUUUCUACAAUUCAUCUAUAAUUCCGGGUGAUAAUAAAAUCCCUGACCCACAACCCCUACUCACAUUAUUUAUGUCCAAUCUCUGAUAUAUGCUUAGUUUUCAGCAUCUUCAGAAUUCAGCUUUACUGCAAUCUGUUUCUAUUAUUUUGAAUCCUAGUAUUUUUGUGAGGAAAUGGCAACAGGGGAGCAACUGAAUUCUAGAGAGCAAGCAUGGUUAGAGGUUUGCACAACGGAAUUGCCAAGUGACCUUGUGGUUGAAGUAGAGAAGAUGAACUUCCAUCUUCAAAGGUCCCCUAUGAUGUCAAAAAGUCGAAAGCUUCACCAGCUAAUAAGCGACGAAGAAGCAAAUCAUUCCUCUGCUACCACACCAGCAGCAGAAGAGGGGGAGAAACAUUGUCAUUUGGUGCUCGCAGAUUUCCCCGGCGGCUCCGAGACCUUUGAAUUAGCCGCCAAAUUCUGUUUCGGCGCCAAAAUUAACUUGUCUUCUUCCAAUGUGGUUCCUCUCCGCUGUGCUGGGGAGUUUCUCGAGAUGACGGAAGAACACUCCGAAGAAAACCUGAUCGCCAAGACGGAGACCUUCCUCUCUCAGUCCGUGCUAAACAGCCUCAAGGACUCCAUCAUAGCUUUGAAAUCCAGCCAGCGCUUAAUGCCUCUAGCGGAGACUUUAGGAAUCCCGCGGAGGUGCGUCGAUUCCAUCAUCUCCGAAGCACGCUUUAGGUGGCCAGUGAGCGAUUCCGCUUACACACUGCGGGGAAGAAGAAAAGCCGUGAUCGAUGGUGAAGAUGACUCUUGGUUUGAGGAGCUCACGCUUCUAGGUUUACCUAUGUUCAAGCAAUUAAUUAUCGCCAUGAAAGAAUCUGAGCUGAAGCCGGAGAUAAUCGAAAUCUGCCUAAUGCAUUACGCUAAGAAACACAUUCCAGGUUUGUCGAGGUCCAAUCGGAAGGCCUUGACAUCAUCUUCUUCAGAAGCAGAACAGAAAGAGUUACUUGAGAUUGUGAUCUCGAACCUCUCAUCCAAGCACUCCACGCAGGUGAGGUUUCUCUUCGGACUGUUGCGAGCCGCUACCAUGCUGAGCGCUUCCAAAGCAUGCAGAGACGUGUUGGAGAAGAAGAUAGGAUCGCAGCUCGAUGAAGUCACUCUCGAUGACCUUCUCAUACCUAGCUAUUCAUACCUAAACGAAACUUUGUACGAUAUCGAUUGCGUAGCGAGGAUUUUACGUUACUUUUUAGAAGAAGAACGAAACGUGGCUGCAAUCGACGGCUGCGAACCGACGUCGCCGGCGCUGAUGCUUGUUGGAAAACUCAUUGACUGUUAUCUUUCAGAGAUCGCUUCCGAUGCGAAUCUCAAGCCUAAGAAAUUCUACGAUCUCGCUAUCUCAGUUCCUGAUCAAGCGAGACUGUUCCACGAUGGUCUCUAUCGUGCCGUAGAUGUCUAUCUCAAGGCGCAUCCAUGGGUUUCGAAAUCGGAUAGGGAGAAGAUUUGUGAAGUGUUGGACUGUCAGAAACUUACACUGGAGGCGUGCACGCACGCCGCGCAGAAUGAAAGGCUCCCGCUGCGAGCGGUGGUUCGCGUGCUCUUCUUCGAGCAACUUCAACUGCGGCACACCAUCGCCGGAACGCUGAUGGCAGCGCAGGAGCCGGCAAGACCUUCGGUGGCGUCGGCGGAUGCAGAGUGGGGUGGAGCAGGGGAAGGAUGCACGCACGAUCGCGGCGAUAUUAACACGUGGCAGGUAACGGUGAGGGAGAAUCAGGUGCUUCGCUUGGACAUGGAUAGCAUGAGGUCGCGGGUGCAUCAGCUAGAACGAGAGUGUUCUUCGAUGAAACGGGUGAUUGAGAAGAUGGACAGGAAUGGCCCACAAGGUGGCGGGGUGUGGCUCGCUUUGGGGAAGAAGUUCGGUUGCAAGUUCAAAACGCAGGUUUGUGAUUCGCAUGAGCCAACAACGGUGGUUGACAAGCGCGACGGUAGGCCCCACCGGCGUCCUCAUCGUGAAUAAUAAGUAGAGUAGCACCCUAGUAUAAUACCUUCCUGGAUGACACGUGAGAAUAUGAUUGGACUUUGGAAUGCGUGAUAAUGGGAAUGGUUCUAUGCCGUUUGCACAUUGUGUUCAUAUUGGUGAUAUGAUAUGAUUGUUGACUCUC